CCCGCGCAGGGCCCUGCAGGUGCGCCGCCGGGGGCCCCUCGCCGCUCUGUCGGCGAGGCGUCGCCGAUGCCACGGUGCAGGUCGGGCCCGUCCCUCUACAGGUCGACGCCCCGCCCCCCCCCCGAGCCGGUCGCCCUUGCCGUUGCCCCGCGCUCCCUGGGGCGCGAGGCUGGGCGGGCGCUUCCGGCGGCGAUGGCGGACGCGGCGCUCAUCGAGUCCGACCUGCUGCUGUGGAAGAGCCCCGCGAAGACGGGCGCCGUGCUGCUGGCGCUCAACCUCCUCUUCCUCGGGUUGGCGCUCCUGGACGAUUUCUCGCCGGUGCCCCUGGCCUGCCAGUUGGCCGUGCUCGCGAUCCUGGUGGGCGGCAUGGUCCGGUUUGUGCUGCCGCAGGUCGGUGCGGGGGAGUUCGAGCUCAUGCCGCAGGAGGCCGCCGAGAGGAUGGCGCAGGCCAUCGUCUUGUGCGCCAACGCGUCGGCGCUGAAGGCCAGGGACGUGUUCACGUGGGCGGA